CGUAUUAUGUUGGCUAAACCGGACUCAAACGUUGGUUUAGCAUAGAGCUUGUAGUGACACGUCAUAUUUGUGUGUCGUGUGCUGUCGGUUUCGUUGAUCGCUACGGGCUUUAAUUACACACCACUGUUAUUUUAUUAAUUCCAUAAUAGUUAUCAAUAAUAAUAUUAAAUACCCGAGAUGAAUAUAUUUCGUUUACUCGGUGACUUGUCCCAUUUAUUAGCUAUUAUUAUUUUGCUCCUGAAAAUAUGGAACACAAGAAGUUGUGCCGGCAUAAGUGGCAAAUCACAAAUACUUUUUGCCAUUGUUUACACCACAAGAUAUCUUGAUUUAGUGACUACAUAUAUAUCAGCGUACAACACGUUUAUGAAAGUAAUUUUUAUUGGUGCAUCAUAUGCUACGAUCUUCCUUAUGUAUGCGAAAUUCAAGGCAACUUAUGACCAUAACCAUGAUUCGUUCAGAAUUGAAUUUUUGAUUCUACCAACGAUAAUUCUUGCUGUAUUCAUAAACCAUGAAUUUACAAUUCUAGAAAUUCUCUGGACAUUCAGUAUUUACUUGGAAUCUGUAGCUAUUUUGCCACAGCUGUUUUUAGUAUCGAAAACUGGAGAAGCAGAAAGUAUUACCAGUCAUUAUCUAUUUGCAUUGGGUUCAUACCGUGGUCUUUACAUAUUCAAUUGGAUUUAUCGUUAUUAUGCUGAAAGCCAUUAUGAUCUCAUUGCAAUCAUUGCUGGAGUCGUUCAAACUGUAUUGUACUGUGACUUUUUCUAUCUUUAUAUUACCAAAGUACUCAAAGGAAAAAAAUUACAGUUACCUGCUUAGCUAUUCAGUGAGUGAAUUGGAUUUUAUAUAUAGAAAUCAUAAAAAUUAAAAGUAAUAAACAUUGACAAUAAGUCAGUGUUUGGUAUAUCACGAUAAUUAUUAAACAAUCGUGAUAUUGCCGUUUUAAAUUAAGCUAAAUAUUAAAAUAGAAGAGGAUAUGAUCCAGCAAUCAAAGAUGUUUGAGCGAACGCACAAAAAAUUUAAUAAUAAAAUUA